AUGCCAUCAGUCACAAAAUCUCAUGGUAAAUUUGACGACAUGGUGGUAAAUUUCCCCUACCUAUCUACUAUGGAGGAAAUCGAACAAUUAGAAGUGGAUCUCAUCGAUUUCAUCACGUAUCACUACAUUUGUACUGAUAAGUUGCCCCUUCUCCCAUCAUCCUUAUUUUCAACUAUGAAGGAUAUUGGCAAAAAGUUAGCGACCGAUAUGGACGAAGAGGUGGUGGAUAGAAUGUUCUCGCUUGACACCGUAGACCUACUGGAGGAUGAUUGUCUCAUUCGAAUGCUUAAAAGAUGCUUCAACAUUUCCUAA